UUUUCAACUUUACUGUUAGCACUGUAUAUUGGAAAGCACAUUCGAGCUAAUCAAUGAGCCUAUCCGUGAUAUUGAGUUGAGUGACGCAAUUUGAGUCUCGCACGAGGAAAGUGAAUUCGAUAUCGUUCUUUCAUUUUUUAUUUGCAUCGCUACUGAUCAAAGUGAAAUUCUGCAAGUUUGAAAGAAUUUUAUUUCGUUCCUUAUACAUAUCUCCAAAAAGAUGAAUUCGUUGGAUCAAUUGAAAAAAAUGACCAUUGUUGUUGCUGAUACCGGUGAAUUCGAUGCUAUGAAAGAAUAUAAACCAACAGAUGCCACUACAAAUCCAUCAUUGAUUUUAGCUGCUGCUAAAUUAGAACAAUAUCAGAGUUUGAUUAAAAAAGCUGUUGAAUAUGGAAAAGCACAUGGAAAAACUGAAAAUGAACAGCUCUCAUCUGCCAUGGAUAAAUUAUUUGUCUUGUUUGGGUGCGAAAUACUUAGAAUAAUUCCAGGUCGUGUUUCUACAGAAGUAGAUGCUAGGCUGUCUUUUGACAAGGAAGGCUCCAUUGAAAAAGCUCGCAAGCUGAUUCAACUGUAUGAAGAAGAAGGAAUUCACAAAGACAGAAUUCUUAUUAAGUUAGCUUCUACAUGGGAGGGCAUUCAAGCAGCAAAAGUUUUAGAAGAGCAAUAUCAAAUUCAUUGCAAUAUGACUCUUCUGUUUAACUUUGCACAGGCCGUAGCUUGUGCUGAGGCAGGCGUCACACUAAUCUCUCCCUUUGUGGGUCGAAUAUUAGACUGGUAUGUUGCCAACACAGAUCAAAAGUCUUUUGAACCUAGAGAAGAUCCUGGUGUUAAGAGUGUCACAAAGAUUUACAAUUACUACAAGAAACAUGGGUACAAAACGGUUGUGAUGGGUGCCUCAUUCAGAAACACUGGUGAAAUCAUGGCAUUGGCUGGCUGUGACUUGCUCACAAUAAGUCCAAAGCUUUUGAAAGAAUUAGCAAGUUCUAACAAUGAGGUUCAGCGAUAUUUAAAUCCUGAAAAUGCAAAAAAUUUAGAUAUUGAAAAAGUAUCUUAUGAUGAAGCCAAGUUUCGAUGGGAACUCAAUGAUGACCCAAUGGCCAAUGACAAGUUGUCUGACGGAAUCAGGAAAUUUGCUGCUGAUGCUAUUAAAUUGGAAGAUUUGAUGAAAUCAAAAUUUUAAUCUUCCCAUAUCAUUUUUUUAACUAAAAAGAACUUUUUUCCAUAAACCUUAGUGAUCUUUCCUGUUAUGAACUUCUGUUAUGCCAUGUAUACAUUUUAAGUUCAAGAGGAAAAAAAAUAUGAUUUACUAUGAUUUCAAGUAAGCGGCUUGUUGAGAAUAUUUUGCUAUGUAUUUUUGAAUCUCUAUUUUUGCUACAUUAAAUUGGCUAUGAAAGUU